CGCGGCGUGUCCUCUGGAGUAACGGAUUCCAUAUUUAGCCGUUCGUUGUUCAUCUCGAAGCACGUUCACACAACAGCUGUCAUGGUGGUUGUCGAUAUCAACAAUCUGGAGGAGUUCAGGGCUGCCCUGAAGGAUGCUGGAGACAAGCUGGUGGUGGUGGACUUCACAGCCACCUGGUGUGGGCCCUGUAAACAGAUUAGCCCAGAGUUCCAUAAGCAGUCUACUACUGCUGAGAACGUGAAUGUGGUUUUCCUGAAGGUGGACGUGGAUGACGCUGAAGAUGUGAGUGCAGAAUGCAAUAUUAACUGCAUGCCCACAUUCCACUUUUACAAGAAUGGAGAAAAGGUGGACGAGUUCUCUGGUGCCAACAAAGAUACACUGUUGGAGAAACUGAUAUCUUUGAGGACAUAAAGUGCCACCAACCAAUCCACAAACACAUCCUCAUUGUACAAAAACCACAGAAGCUGCUGUUUCCCUCUGUACAUGCUUGAGAAAUUCAUGACAUGUACAAUAACCAUCAAGUCUUUAAUUUCACACAGCAAAUAAUUUAUUCCACUUAUCGGUGACUUACUGUAAGUUCAGUGUAUGUCUUAACUGGCUGAAA